AUUGAAAGUGUGUCAAUCGUAUCAAUAAGUUGUCAAAUUUCAAAAUAAAAAAGGAAAGGACAAGGAACUCCCUACAUCUUCUAAAAUAAUUAUUUCUCCUAGAUUUCGUAUAAAAUGGCUCAAAUAGGCGAGCCAUUAACACUUGCAAAAGACGUGAAGAGAUCAAUAGAACUCCUCGAAAAACUGCAAAAAAGCGGUGAAGUCCCAGCCACAAAAUUAGCUGCGCUCCAAAAGGUGCUUCAAAGCGAUUUCUUGAACGCUGUACGCGAAGUAUACGAGCAUGUCUACGAAACGUGCGAUAUUCAAGGCUCGCAAGAUGUUAGGGCUUCAGCGACGGCCAAAGCUACAAUUGCCGCGUUUGCAGCUAGCGAAGGGCAUGCCCACCCUAGAGUAGUGGAAUUGCCGAAAACAGAUGAAGGAUUGGGCUUCAAUGUUAUGGGAGGCAAGGAACAGAACUCGCCCAUUUAUAUUUCCAGGAUCAUUCCUGGUGGGGUUGCUGAUAGACAUGGAGGUUUGAAGAGAGGUGACCAACUUCUCAGUGUCAAUGGAGUGUCUGUGGAUGGAGAAAACCAUGAGAAGGCAGUGGAACUACUGAAGCAAGCCCAUGGAUCUGUCAAACUAGUGGUGAGGUAUACUCCAAAAGUUUUGGAAGAAAUGGAAUUAAGAUUUGACAAACAGAGAGCCAGAAGAAGACAGCAACAAUUCAAUUAAUGCUUUUCAUAAACUCAUAUGUGCAUUUAUUUUAUUGACUGUAUGUGUUAUGUUUUAAUUUAAUUCUAGAAGCUAUGUUAGUUUAAUUGUCAUUUUUUAAGACUAUCGUGUAAUUUGAAUAUGAAGUAUUAAACAAAGAAUAUUAAAAAUUAAAG